CUAAACCCUGCAAUAGUACUUUUCACAAAAGAAUAUUGUUCUUAUUUGAAGCCAAACACUGAUAAACUCGUUGUUCAUGAGGAGAAGUACCAAUAAAACUGCCAAUACUAAUUUAUUCAGUUUGAACUCUUACAGGCGUUGCCUUGCUUCUUUGCUACUGGUUUCUUUGGCUACAUGCUUUGCGUUGCUUGAAGCCAGGUUUUAGCAAUGGUGUCAACCUCCAUUGAGCCGUUGCCGACCUCCACCGAGCAGUCGCUGCUUCUCCUAGGGCCCCUGUCUCGGUCCUCUCCAACAAGGGUAUAUAUCAAGAAGGUUGUUGGUGAAAGGGGCGAGUUCUGUAGACGAGUGCACCAUGGGAUGAAGGAGGAUGCUCUUAAGCAUGUAUUCGUGAGUAGAGUGAUGGAUGUCAAGGACUUUCCUGUAUGGAUUCGGCUUUCGUAUGUCUGUGCUUCUAAUGGUCUGGUACUCAUGGACGAGUUGUUGCAACUGUUACCUGCGGUUGAAAUUGUUGAUCUUAGUCGGAACCAGUUUGCAAAUGUGGAUAAUCUAUGGAAAUGUACAAAGAUGCAAAAUCUGGACCUUGGAUUAAUCAUUUGCAUUCUGUUUCAUCCCUGA